ACGGGUGACAGUUGAAUUCUUUCAGAACCGACAGGAGAGAGAGCAGCUUCAAUCAUUCCAGUUCAUUAAAAAUGCCGUCGUUUUGGACACUGCAGUAGUAAGCCAAUACAAUACCGUCAUGAGUGGUACAGUCCGACAGAUCACUGUAGCUACGGAUCAGGGCACCCCUUACUUCCUGCGAGUGGACUGGGCCGAAGACCUGGGUGCUGGGUUCACAUUAGCUCUCACUGAUGGCAACUCUGCAUGGAUUGGAGAAGUUUCAGAAGAUGAGGUGACAAGAGAAGCCAACGAUAUCGGAACCACGAGGGAACGACAUGUUGAGGAUCUUCUUCAAGUGCUAGCAGGAGAUGAAGGAGGAAGAGGAGGAGGAAGGAAAGGAGACGGCAAGGAGGUGUAUUCUUUCCAUGUCUCUCCAGAUCACUGUCAUCUCUCAUAUCAGAAGACCUGUAGUGACAUCUCGGUGCACUUGGGUUCUGUGGAGCUCCAGCCAGCUCCGGACCCUCUAGAGCUGAACCGGGAGAUGAUUGGCCAGUCCCUAAAGCACAGUACAGAUCUGGAGUCAAGAAACUGCCAGCUGUUGGAGGAGAACCGUAAACUGAAACAGGAGCACCAGAGAAUACUCAGAGAGCUGGAGCUGCAGGUUGAGGAUAAAGAAAAGUUGGAGGGGGAGCUGUACUCACGUUUUGUCAUGGUGCUGAAUAAGAAGAAGGCCAAGAUCAGAGGCCUGCAGGACGCUGUCCGCCAGCUCCAACAGACUGAUGAGCAGCAGAGAGAUGAGGAGGGGAGACAAAGUGACAAUGACACAACUCACAUUGAAGACAACAGUCAGGACAGAAGAGAGGAGACAGUUGAGAGCAUCCAUCCAUCUAUGGAGCCAACUAUUCUCAUCACAGGUCGUAAUCUUGUGUGCCAUGGCAUCUCUGUGGAUCAUACUUUUUCUGACGAGGAAGAUGAACGGCUGAGCCGGAAGCGUAGGAUGCUUCACUCCCAGAGCCCAGAACCUUCACAGCAGGAAUAAAACCGCAGAUGACAUCCGGGACUCCUCAUGAACAUGAUUAAAGCCCUAAAUCUAAGGCUUUUCUGAUGAACAGGUUUUCUUGAUCCCUCUCCAGAUAUGUGGCAAGCUAUUUUUCGGCUAGUCAAACCUUACCUCGAUACAUACAACCAAAACAGUGACAACCAGGCAACAGUGUCCUGGAGGUGUCCCCGCAUUUGAUGCCAGAUUUUGUCUCAGAUUGAGAAAGCAAUUCUGAGAAAGCCAGAGCAUGUUACUGCCAUCUGGUUUGCUUUAACUGCAACAAUUACCUGCCGCAACUCUCAUGAGAGACUUGCCGCUUGUCUCUUGUCUUCAAUAAAUCAAAAGACGAACAAUUAAUGAUGCUGUGUUUCUCUAAACUCUCCACAUUGAGUGGCCAUGUGAUAGCAGGCACUUAACGCCCUCCAGUGCUUCCUCAGGAACUGCUGGUGCUGCUAAUGACUUGGAGACCAUGGUGGAGAAUCUGGACCAGGAGGAUGGAAGCAAUUUCUCAAGAUUUUGACUUCGCCCUGAGCUCCAAUUUGGCUGCCAAGACCCUCUGCCUUGGCUUGGUGUGAGACCAGAGAAAGAGUAACAACUACUGAGGGACAGCAGGCUACACCCAGAAAACAGGGUGUCACCAACAACGAACCGUAGCUGCUUUGGUGCUGCUUAUUCAUCAUGUCUUGCUGAUGUUUUCCUCCCUCUUUUCAUUAUGAAAAUAAACUAUACGCCAUCUCUUUCAUUUCCACUUUCUAAGCUAGCAUUUUGAAUACAAUAAUUUGACCUCCCCCUCAUUUCUCAUUUUCAUCUGCCCUUUUAUUCUGUAGAUGUUCUGUGGCCCAAACUACCUGAGGGGUGUUUUCCAGAGGGUUAAUGGGGUUGUGUUGUCUCUGUGUCUUCACCUCCUCACCUCUUCCUUUACCUCUGCUACCAGCUUUAGGUCCUGAGGUCAUCACAGUGUGUCUUCACACUGACAGUAAUGAACGUACGGAGACCUGUUCAGGGUCUUUAUCUGACCAUUCUACCUUUGACUUCUGGACCUUGCUGCUGUCUUUUAGGAUUGUGAUGUUACCUAUAUGUCUGCUGAAGACCACGGGUGGCCGCUGGAUAAUCCCACAACACGCGCUUGCUGGUUUAGUAAUCCUCACAGGAAUGUCUCACUCCUCUAUACAUCCCAUAAAUAAGACACUUUAAAAAAGGGGAGGUGCAGAUCAGUUUCUGAUGAUCAUUUACAGAUGAGUGCCUAACUGUGCGAUGGAAGUUGAGACAAAGUAUGAAAUACUAGAAAACUAUUGGUUCCAUCAGAAUAUUAAGAUAGCAUGCUUUGUUAUUGAAUGCAUUAUAUUGCAAAACCAGCCCCUUUGUGUUAUUUCCUUAUUUUGAAAAGAGCCAUAUGAUCAUUUUUCAUAGCCUUAUAUCAAAUUUAUUCAUUUAAAAGACAUGAAUCACUUUGAAUUAGCUAAUUUUAGAAAACAUGUUUUUAUUUGGUUUUAUAUAUAUAUAUCAAAUGAUCCCUGGAGGAGAAAGUAAUAUUUUAUUUUGUAUAAUAUUGUAUUGUAUCUUAUGUGAAAUGUCUCAAAGAUGAGGUUGAAGAUGUUAAUUUCAAUGUGACUUGAAUAAACAUUUUACUUUGGAUUGUCUUUGCCUGUAUUUACUAAAUCACAUCACUGACCAGCUAUUAAGCAGCAUACGUUUCUGUUUUGUUGGAGCUCUGUAUUGGCUUUAGCCUCAAUUAAACCAAUCAACAAU